AUGAGAUCAACCGUCGUACCACCGACUUCCACCCAAGUGUCGUUCAAGGAACUUCAGCGAUUGCACGCUAUGCGAAUGGAGCUCUUCGGCUUUGGGGGCUGGUUAGCAUCUGCUCUUUUCUAUGUGCUGUUCUUAGUGUGGGCGUACGUGCCCGAGAGAUCGUUAGAAGCUUACGGGUUCACCUACUUCCCGUCAAAACAUUGGGCGGUGGCGGUGCCGGCGAUGAUUGUCGUGACGUACCUCUUCUCAUUGGUGCUUUACAAGGCUAUGAACUUGCUGUCCACGCCAAGCCUUCAGUCGUAUGCUACGAUCCUGGACACACAUACGGUGCCACUGCCAGAAGGCUCGACAUGCUUUGAAGAUGACACAGAAGCUACCCCUGGGAUUGGAGAUAUCUCCAUCUUUGAAGUGAACCGGAACUUGUUUUCGCACGACAAGCAACUCAAAGAAGACUAG